GCUUGAAUCCCUUGUGCCGGAAGUUGACACGCGUUGAUGUGAUGACACAUGAAAGUCACCGGUAAAACCACAACAGCGUGUUACAGUGAGACGUAUUUUUAUUCUCGGAUAUAGCUAAAAAAAAAACAACAACAAUGUGCUAAACAUCCUUACGGUGUAUUAUAAAUCAACUCAGUGUUUAUAGUAGCGACAGUGGUGUGUUAUGGUUACAGCUAACGUUAGCUAGCAAACCCGUUCGAUAGCCGUUUGCUUUCGUUAAGAAACACAUCAGUUAUCAGCUUUGACAGAGUCGGUGUCUGUACAAGCUUUUACACAACCGUGAUCAUCUGAAACGUAGCACAGAUGGCAAGGAGCCUCGGUAGGUUAUUCAAAGGCUUUCAGAGCCUCGCCUCUUUCCCAGCCAUGAGGGCUCAACUCAGCCAUCCGUCUGUCUGCGUUUCUUUCAAGACCAUGGUGGCGCUGCCAUCGCCCUUUUCCUCCAAGCCCCGGGACUUCAGUCUGCCUAACCCCUCAUGGGGCUCAGAAAUGUUGCGGUUGUAUGAGUAUUACAAUAGCCAGUGUGAGGUGGAGACAGAAGGAGGAGAGAAACAGGGAGGGCCUUGGCGGAGACUGCCAAGCUACAAUCGCUCCCUCAAGUAUGCUACAGGUACAGGUGGAGUGUAUCUUAGUAAGAUUAUCCAGUCAAAAGCCCGUCUUUUUACCCGCAACAUCAGAGACCCGGGGGCAGCAUUUGAGUAUGUUCUGUUUUAUAACAAAGAUGAGCAGAGGUGUGUGGGCAUUUUCCAGGCUGGACAUCUACUGGAGGGGCCGCCAGGACAUGUCCACGGGGGGGCAAUAGCCACUAUGAUUGAUACUGUGACAGGCAGUCAUGCGUCUCUACUCUCUGGACCUGUUAUGACUGCCAACCUCAACAUCAACUACCGCAGCCCCAUCCCACUGGGAAGUACAGUGUUGACUGAAUCCUCCAUGGAAACGAAGGAUGGCAGAAAAACAUUUAUUUCAUGUAAAGUGACCAGCACCGAUGGCUCCAAACUACACACAGAAGCAACAGCACUGUUCCUGUCAAUCAAUGUCAGCCACCUACUACUGGGAGGGUGACAAACGCAGUAGCUUAACACCUACUCAAACACUGUCAGCAAGAGGUCUUUAAGAGAUAACGUCCCUAAGUCUGACUUUUUAUCAUAUAUAUUCAUGCAUCUCUCCUCGUCACCGUGUUUUCACUAACAAACAGUUUCACUGAAGUACCUUUACUUGACUACCUCUGCUUAAUGUUACUAACACAUCAACAGUUCAUAUCUAAACAUUAUUUAUUGAACCAAAUGUUAAGGGUUAUUUAUUGUAACUUUGAGAAUAUUGAUGGUUUUAUGUAACACUGGGGCUUUUGAGAGAAGGUUAUUGCUCAAAAUGUACUGUAUAUACAAUUUUGUUUGCUCCAAUAAAGCCUUGCCAAAAAGUAUUGUAUAAAUUA